UCAGUCAGCUGAUCAGAGGAAUGAACGAGUUACAAAACAUUAGAAAACAACGAGCCUCCUGAGGUGUAAUUACACAACAGAGGAGUCGUGUCCUUCAACAUCAUCAUUUCAUUUUAAUAGAAGAGUCACCGGAACAUGUCAACCGAUGGAUCCUGCUACAGCCACAGAUCCGAUGCACAACGAGUGUGAAACACAGCCAACUUCAGUCUGGAACUGGUGGCCUUCUUGGCGUCCAACCUCCAUGUCCCUUUUAAAGACUACAGAAUCCAAGAUUCUUGCUUGUAUUCAGAAUGACCUCUGGGCUCGGUUCGUGACCCUGCCAAACCAGGAUCGAAUAUGGACUCUGACCCUCAACAAGAAGGCGCUGCGUAAACCUGCCGAACAGGCCCCAAAGACUCCCCUGGUGAUGGUCCACGGCUUCGGGGGAGGGGUCGGACUGUGGGUCAGGAACAUAGACGCGCUGAGUCGGUCGCGGCCCGUUUACGCCUUUGACCUCCUGGGCUUCGGCCGGAGCUCCAGGCCUCCUUUCCCCUCAGAUGCUGCCAAGGCGGAGGAGCAGUUUGUCGACUCCAUUGAACGGUGGAGACAGUCCGUAGGCCUGGAGAACAUGAUUCUGCUGGGACACAGUCUGGGCGGAUACCUGGCCACCUCAUACGCCAUCCAGUACCCUUCUAGAGUGUCACAUCUUAUCCUGGUGGACCCGUGGGGUUUCCCUGAGCGACCCCAGACACAGACCCAGGAGGGUCAAAGUCAGGGGACAGAGGUGGUGAAGAGGCCGCCCCCUCCACGCUGGGUAAAAGCUAUUGCAACAGUGGUUUCCUUCUUCAACCCGCUGGCUGUCAUCAGAGCAGCAGGCCCAUGGGGUCCGGGCUUGGUGAACAGAUUCCGUCCUGAUUUCAAAAGGAAAUUCGAAGAUCUGUUUGAUGAUGACACCAUGACGCAGUACAUCUACCACUGUAACGCACAAUCCCCGAGUGGUGAGGUGGGUUUCCGGGCCAUGUCAGAGUCUCUGGGCUGGGCCAAAAAGCCCAUGCUGCUGCGGGUUCACCAGCUGCCCCCCUCCAUGCCCCUCACCAUGCUGUAUGGAGCCCGAUCCUGGGUGGACAGCUCGUCUGGGGACAGAGUGGCCCAGAUUAGGAGCAAGGCCUACACCAAAGUGCUGCUGAUAGAUGAAGCUUCUCACCACGUGUAUGCUGAUCAACCAGAGGAGUUCAACAAAGCGGUGGAAAAAAUAUGCAACUCUGUUAACUGACGGCCAGUAUGUGUGUAUGUGUGUGUGUAUGUAUGUUCGUGUGUGUGUGUUUGUGUGUUUGUGUUUGUACGUACGUUUGUGUGUGUAAAAGGACUGAAAGUAUAUAGACAGUUGAUGGUGGUUUUAGUACUGUAACCUUUGCAUGUGGAGCAUGAUGGAUGGUUUUAUGUUGGGGGCAUAUCACGACAUCAUGUAGCUCAACUUGAGAUUGAAUGUGAUUUUGUUCUGAAUCCUGUUCUCAUAGUAACAGGUUAUUGAUAUUAUUGAAGCUACGUUUAUAAGCUGAUAUAUAUAUAUAUAUAUAUAUUCUUUUCAAUUGAGUAUUACCACUAAAUGAUUUAUUUAUAACGUGAUUGAAUUUGUUUAACGGAGUAAUAAUUGAACUUUAAUUCAGUGCUAAAUUAUGUUGCCCAUUGUUAUAUGUUUUGAGUGAAAGUGAAAAACGUCCACCACUUUGAGUGCACUGAGUUUAUGUGUUACGGUGCAGCGACACGGCUACUGAUUCACACUUUUUAUGUGCCUGACAUGAACCAUAAAGUACUGUAUGAGAUAUUGUUUCUUUAAUCACUGCUUUUCUUUUAUGUAUUUCCCACCGUGUCAAACAGCUGUUUGUAUUUUGUACCUUUAAAGCAAUAAAAGCUUAUUUGACAAACUG